CAUUUAAGUAUGGGCUUGUCUAGUGUAGCCAAGAGUUUACAAUAGAAGUAGUUCAAUUGAUUAUACCGAGUUAUACUUCUUUUUGCUUUUCAUUGAUUCCUAUCUUAGGACUUCCAUAUCUUACAGAAAUAUGACAAUGGGCCUUGUGGAUCCCUUGGCGGGGAACCAGAGGACCAAGAACAAUAAAGAGAAGGAUUUGAUGAAUCAGCUCAAACAGUUUCUUGAAGGAGUGGGGAAAGGACGAGGAUUGAACCUUCGACUCUCCGGGGUUGCAUUAAACCUUUUAAAGAAUCUACCCUGUGCCAGAGAUGCAGUCUUUGAAUAUUAUUCAGUUGUUUUCGACCGUCUAGUUGCCAACUAUACCCCGUCUUCUGAUGCUAAAUCCUGUACUCCGGAAGAGGAGGAAAUGGUGGGAGAACUUCAAGAGGUUUUAUCCGGGUUCGUGGAGACUAAUCCUGGCUCCUGGGCUCCUAUCAUCUCACAGUGGUCCCUGGACACUCUAGGUAUUCAUUCAUGGUCCCUGGACACUCUAGGUAUUCAUUUAUGGUCCCUGGACACUCUAGGUAUUCAUUCAUGGUCCUUUGACACUCUAGGUAUUCAUCCAUGGUCCUGGGACACUAUAGGUAUUUAUUCUUGGUCCCUGGACACUCAUGGUAUUCAUUCAUGAUGUGCUGAUUAUUCC